CCAAAUUCUGCAAUUCUGGAGAAGCUAAAGGUCUCAAUCUCUCAGUCAAAAACAAAAGGUCUCUCCUUUAUCAUUUAUCUAUCACUAACAUAGAAGAAGAGAUUGGAGGAAGAAGAAGAUGUUGUUUCAGGUGGGAGGUGAAGGCACACGCCCCACCUUCUUUGAGAUGGCUGCUGCUCAGCAACUUCCGGCUAGCCUUCGCGCCGCUCUCACUUAUUCCCUCGGCGUUUUUGCUUUGAGACGAUCGUUUCUCCAUAAGAUUUUAGACUAUGAGGAUGAAUUCUUUGCUGCUCUCAUGCUUAUUCUUGAAGGACACAGCUUACGAACCACAGAUGCUUCCUUUGCUGAAUCAUUGUAUGGUUUGAGGAGGAAAUCGGUGAGAUUGAGAUUGAGGAAAGACAGUGUCAGGAAGGAUUCUGGCGAAGAAGUUCAACAUUCUGGUUUAGAGAAGCGCCAGAGAAUCCUUUCUGUUGUGUUUCUGGUUGUGUUACCGUAUUUUAAGUCAAAAUUGCAUGCAAUAUAUAAUAAAGAAAGAGAAGCUAGGCUCCGGGAAAGUUUAUGGGGAGCAGAGGAUCAAGGAUUUGAUGAAGCUGACUUCUUCACAGGGGAUGAUUCUAUUGUUUCAAGAGAGCCUAGUGGGAAUGAAGAGCUUUCUGUUCGAAGCAUUGGCAUUUCUGACUGCCUAGUAGCUGGAUUAUCGUUCACUUACCAGCUCUUAUAUCUGCUGGACGCUACUGGAUUUUAUUCUCUUGGGCUACAAGCUCUUGGGAUUCAAGUUUGUCGAGCUACAGGGCAAGAACUGACUGUGCAAGGGGCACUUCUUAGCUGCUCAUAUGCUGUGCUUGACUACGCCCAAACCGGUCUGAUUGCAGCAGUUUUUAUCUUUAAAAUGAUGGAAUGGUGGUAUCAAUCAGCUGAAGAGAGAUUAUCAGCUCCAACAGUGUACCCUCCACCUCCACCUCCUCCAGCCCCAAAGAUGGCGAUAGAAGGAAUCCCUCUACCUCCUAACAGAUCCCUCUGCGCGUUAUGCUUGCAAAAACGUGCAAACCCAUCAGUUGUCACAGUCUCUGGAUUUGUUUUCUGCUACUCAUGCGUAUUUAAGUAUGUUUCAAAGUACAAGCGAUGUCCGGUGACAUUGAUUCCGGCCAGUGUGGAUCAGAUUAGGAGGUUGUUUCAUGACACUUAAUACCAAUCUAUUUAAUGGUUUUAAGCCGAACAGUGAGAAUUCUAUCAUCGUUCUCCCCUGCGAGAUAAGAGUCAGAACCAGAGGAGCCAAAAGCUGCCAAUUGAGACACUAAUACCCCAAUUGUUUUAAUAUAUAUGGAUAAGCUUUCAUUUAGAGCUCAUCAAGUCUGGGAUCAAGUGCUUCUUGGAUUGAAAGAAAGCGCUGUAAUCCUA